UCCUGGGCUAUGCAGCAUCACUCACUGAUAGCACAAUAGCAUCAUUACAUUAUUCUGCAACUAAUCUAAUGCUUGAUAUUGUGCAAUGUUGUGCAUAAUUAAAUAGGUGAAAUAACAUCGAUACAUGUUAAAAUAGGUAAAAAAGGUAAAAUAUCCAUACCGUUCACAGACAGGAAUUUCUGUUUUGGUCUCUACUGGGGUCUUCAUCCUACCCUUCCACCCGCUUUCCCCCGCCCCUUCCUCCCUCUCUCCUUUGAACAGGCCCUUCCAGCCAAGGCUCUCACCUCUCCCUCCAUCCCGGGUGCGCUCACUCUCCUUUGGGCUGGAAAUAGACCCUGCGCCCGGAAGCGUUCUUUAUAAUAACAAGGGGCAAAACGAUCUGUUAACAAAUCCAUGCAAUUAUAUUCCCAAUUUAAAUUCCACUGGACUACAGAACAGGAUCUGUUGACUUCCAAGUACAUGUUUGACGCAGACCAAUGAGGUUACAGAGGGUGGGGCCAUGGAUGACCACAUCACCAGACUGGCAAUCCACUCCCAGGAGCCGAAAAUUAUACUACACGGAGGAGAUGAUGUCGGUCCAGCCGGGGAGUCUGACAGCUUCGUUGUGGAGCUCCAAGUCUCCUCCUCCCGUGCUGGCUCUGUCGUUGACGACGGUGAUCUCCAUAACGACAGCGUUGUGGAGGAUGACGACAUUGAUCAGUUGGUGAUCCAAGACUCCGCUGAGGACGUAGUCCAGUAUGAUGAAGAUGCGGAGGAUGACGAGGUUGCCAUGGACACCUGUGUGGUGCAGAUGGGGGAGGACGAGGAGGAUGAAGCGGUCGCUGUGGCGCGGGUCGUCAGGGGCAACGGUGAGGGAGAGAGUGAGGGGAGAGAGAUGGCGGAGGAUGAGGAGGGCUGUGGAGACUACCUGAUGAUCUCACUGGAUGAGGCUGGUAAAAUGGUGUCAGGUGAGGAGGAGGGGUCAGCGGUGGUUGCCGCAGACGACAAGAGUGAUGGACAGGAAGUCAUCAAGGUCUACAUCUUCAAGGCAGAUGACACGGGAGAGGACAUGGGUGACACAGAGGUUGUGGGGGAUGAGGAGCCGUCCUCUGGUGAGAAGAUGGUCUACAUGUCUGUCGGGGACAGCAACCACAGUGACUCCAAGCUCUCAGAGGAAGUAUACAUGGAAGUUGUAGUUGGAGGGGAAGAGGCUAAUGUAACCGCCAAUCAUGGUCGCUGCUAUGACAACACUGCCCUUAGCAAAGAGUUCACGCCGGCGACAUGGGCAUCUGCAUACGACUCCCUAGCAGAGCCCCGUAAUGGUGCUGCCAGCGCCUUCCUGCACAUGGAGGACCCGAUGGGAGGAGCUAAUAAAGGCAGCAGAAGGAGAACAGAGCCAAGACAGGUGCAGACCGCCAUCAUCAUCGGGCCGUACGGUCAGCCCCUGACAGUGUACCCCUGCUUCCUGUGUGGAAAGAAGUUCAAGUCCCGUGGGUUUCUACGGCGACACCAGCGGACGCAACAUCAGGAGCUCCUCACCAAGAGCAGGAAGAAGGUACAGCCCAGCACCCCUCCUGACUCGUCGGCGUUGGCGCCAACGUUCAGCUGUGAGACGUGCGGCCAGAGUUUCGCCCAGCAGCCUGCCCUCUUCACACACCGCUUGCAGCACCACCCGCCCGUGGCCCCGCCCAGUCCACCCGGCCUGCCCGCCGACGCCCCUAAAACGCUGCAGUGCAGGUACUGCGCGUUCCGUGCGUCCGACGCUGGCCUGCUGCAGAGGCACCUGCAGGGAGCGCACAACCGCAGCUUCCCACACACCUGUGCCGAGUGCGGCAAGGGCUUCCGCCACCCGUCCGAGAUGCGCAAGCACGCGCGCACGCACACCGGGGAGCGGCCGUUCCGCUGUUCACAGUGCUCUUACAAGGCCGCCGAUGCCUCCAACCUGAAGACGCACAUGAAGAGCAAACAUGGCAGCCAAGAGCCGCCCUUCAGAUGUGAGCAAUGCAGUCAGACGUUUGCUGAGGAGGACGAGUUGAGUAGCCACGUCUCCCUGUCGCACCCGUCGGCAGAGCCCAGUCGAGGUCCAGUUACCUCAACGCCAGCGGUGACAGUCCCGCAUCAGUGCCCGCACUGUGACCACCGCAGCUCCAACUCCAGUGACCUCAAGCGCCACGUCAUCUCCUGCCACACCAAGGAGUACCCCCAUGUCUGUGAGGCCUGUGGCAAGGGCUUCCACCGGCCCUCGGAGCUCAAGAAGCACGAGGCCACCCAUAAAGCGUCACCCGGGGCGCCGGGAGCGGCCCCCGCAGCCAAGAAGCUCCAUCAGUGCCGCCACUGCAGCUUCAAGAUCGCAGACCCCUUCGUCCUGAGCCGCCACAUCCUCUCGGUCCACACCAAGGAGUCUGCAGGAAGCGGCCAGGGCCUUGCUGUUGAUGUUGACGGGCAGUCGUCUCCCACAUCCAUGGAGCAGCCAUCCCCACCGCUGUUGUCCCCGGCGUCAGAGGCAUCACCGCCCAAAGCGAGCAGCAACAAGAAGUCGCCGUCCUCUGUGAAGAAGUCUGGCAGCGGGAGCAGCGGUGGUGGGGCCAACAAGGCGCGGGUGGUGGUGGCGCAGCCGCCUCGUGAGCGCCGCGUCUACCAGUGCCAGUACUGCGACUACAGCACCGGAGACGCAUCCGGUUUCAAGAGGCACGUCAUCUCCAUCCACACCAAGGACUACCCACACCGCUGUGAGUACUGUUCCAAAGGGUUCCGCAGGCCCUCUGAGAAGAACCAGCACAUUGCCCGCCACCAUAAGGAUGUGAUUCAGCCCAGUAGUUAAGGACCCAGACUCGGAACGCUCCUUUAGAACUCUAGAAUGAUCAGAAGAAAGAGAACGCUCCAGUAGAACUGUAAAAUGGUCUGAAAAGGGAGGGAGGCCUCACAGAACCUGAAGGAACAUUCUGGAAGAUUUCAUGCAGAUGUCCGUUAGCUGCAACUUUUCUAGAUCAUGUACUCUUAUCAGACGGUCAUGACCCUUUGACAAGGGUUCUGGGCCGAUUUCCUGUCAGGGUAAAAGGAGUUUAAACACCUGUCGAACAAGUGGUGAUGAAAUCUCAGCCAUUGGGCAGAGCAGGAAUGACACUCGCUGUGGCAAGUCAGGGGGUUGCGGUUGGGGUUAAAUUUAAGGGAGAAUAUGUUGUCUAAGUUCUUUAUGUAAAAGUUUAUUUAGCUUGAAUUUAGAAAUGUCAACAUCAACUAGGGCUGGGUAUUGGUCUAUUUUUCUAAACCAGCGCUGAUGAGGUACCUGACAAUAUAGCUGGUUAUGAUGAGCUAUGAAACAAACAAAAAAAUCUGCACAAAAAGCUUUAAGUCCUCAGAGAUUUUUUGGUUUUAUUUUAUUUUAUCUGCCAUCGCUAAAAAGUACUAAUGAGACGAAAGCUCUUUGUGUGGAUUUUUUUCAGUAGUUUUUGGACUACUGAACCCUGCACCCAGUACAUUGACUCCUCCCCUAACGUCCAUUUGGGGACACAGCAGCCCUCAGCUCCACCUUUCCUCGCAUGUGUGCCACACCCAGACGAACACCUAGACUGGGUGGCAGAGUUACAGGAAAGCUACAGCAGGCGCGUAACUGAAGCAUUCCGUUAGCGUUGCGUCUGCUGCAACAAUUAGCUUCCACUAUAAUUAAUGGACGUAGCUACACCAGACGUGAUAGCGGCAUGUACGUAAAAAAAAAAAAAGAAAAUUGCUUUUACAUGUCGCGAAUGGAGCGCUUCAGUUACGCAUCCGGUUUAGCUUACCUGUUAGAUCUCUGACCAAACGCCUGCUGAGGGCCUGUCCGCUACAGCUGUGCAGUCAGACAGAGAAGCUUUCAGCUCUCAAGCCUACAGAGCCCGAUUCCGUCAGUCACAGUCAGUGGACAAGGAAGGUCAAGACUCUCUGACCGCCAUAGCCUACUCGAUAUCUGAGAUGCUGCUGUUUUGCAGGUUCGAGGAUCUGUAAAGCUAAUUUCAGCCUAGAAGUCAAAGCCGUUCUCCACCAACUUCCGUUUAGCUGUCACACCAGUUCUAGAUCAAAUUCAGUUUAGAUGUCAGAGCCGUUCUAGACCUUCUCCAGUUUAGCUGUCAGGGCCAUUCUAGACUUCAGUUUAGCAGUCUUAGGAGUGUGCUCGGCUUGGAUGGUGGUGAGCUGAAAGGAAGUAUCUGUUGGAUUCUGUGGGAUUCGAGUUGUGUUGAACGCACAUUUUCAAUGGCACUCUUCCGUUGUCUUGCAUUGUAUUUGAUACAUCGCCACUUGAGGUGCAAUAUCAUAAGAGAGGUCGGGCCUGGCUGGUUAGCAUGCUAACUUUAGGGCAAUUCCAUGGAAAAUUAUGUUUUUUGUAACAUCGAUAACGCCAGUAAAAUGUGAUGGCAUGGUAUGAUGUGAAUGAUUACAUGAAAUUUGAGCAUUUGCUAUUUUUGGCUGAAGAAUGUACAUGAGAAAAAAUGUACAAAAAAUGAAUUAUCAUUCACAUCAUACAAAUGCCAAGGGAUUUCACUGGCGUUAUGGAUGUGACAAAAGUCCAUUUUCUGUGGAAUUGCCCUUUAGUCGAUAUAUAAGCAACACUAGGUGUCUUUGACAUUACGUCGAAACUGCUAUUUCUUCACAUUCUGUUGCUAUUUCAAGGUAAUUUUUGAAUGUUUUGUAUGAAAAGAACUACAGAUGGUCCCUUUUAAGGUCGCCUGAGGAGCUGCAGUGCUCAUGAUUGGCCCAAUGCUGGAGACUUGCAGCCACAGCCCUGCUAUCUGGGGAGGAAUGUUGAUCUGAGGGUGUUGGACUCACAUUAGUGUUGGUCAUCCUGCAAGAUCUCAGUGUUAUUUGAAUAACAAUGUGGAGUUGGAGUGUCCGUUGAUUUAGCUGCUUCGGAGUGGAAACCUGGUGUUGGAAAAAAACAGACCAUUUCUGCACUCUAUGCUAUCACUACAUGCAGUGUUAAGCCCUUUCAACCCUGCCAGUAGUUACUCCUGUUCUCCUCCUCCACCUCUUCCUCCUUCUCCACGCGUACAAACCCAGUCUGAAGUCUGUAGUGAUCAGCAGGAUUGUACCCUGUGGUAGAGGAGUUGGGAAGCUCAUGAGGAGCUGUGAGAUGAAUCAGGCAGAAAGUUAAUUUAUACAUAAUCUGUAGUUAGUUCUAGCUGCGUCCCACCAACAGACCCAUUUGGCCCAAUUUAUAGCCCCAGGGAUUCCUCUCCACCAUUAAUUGGUCCCAGUGACUAAUCCUAGUCUGGGGUUCAGUGAUGUUUCUGGUGUUAGUUCCUAUUGAAGCACUGCAGCGUUGCAAUCUCAACCACAGCGCCGUUGGAUGCCCAACUAGACCAGCAGUGCGCAGUACCAUGGAGGGACGGUCUAUUGCUCUCCUUACUGGUGGACCUCCGAACCUUAGAACCGGCUCUUGACUGGACCUAGAACCUCAGAACUGGCUUCUGACCAGCAGUAGCACUGUGGGUUCAGUUCAACGCGGGAGAAUACAUCCGAAACUUGUAUCUCACUCCAGAUUUACACACAGACACGUGGAUAUGGUGGCCUGAGAUGGCCCGGGAUUUCUGGGGUUGCUGAACUCGUCUGUGUGGACAAGUCGGUCUCAACCCCAACCUUUCAAAGCUACUGCAGGCCCUGGAGCCCACAUCUCACGUCCAGCUCGUCCUGCAUCAGACAGCUGCAAAUGCGUCUUGAAGCUACCUGCCCAGCCACCAUUUCCACUGAGUCUCCGAUUCUGCACUCCACCCUCCAUCCACUCCCCUAAGUAACUCCUCCCUCCUCAGUAACCCCAUUUUUUUUAGUAACUCAUCCCUCAGUAACUCCAUCCCUUUUGUAACCCCCUCCCUCCUCAGUAACUCCUCCCUCUCCAUCCUAUAUAUAACUCCGCCUGCCAAAACUUCUCCCCCAGCCCCUCCCCUCCCUCUCCGUGGCUCCUGGUUCCCUGAUGGGAAUUCUGUGACCUCACGGGCUCAACUGACCACUCUGUCUGUGACGUCAUAGGCUCAACUGACCACUCUGUGAUCUCACAGGCUAAACUGACAGCUCUCUCUGUAACCUCACCGGCACGGGCUCAACUGACCACUCUUUCUGUGAUCUCACAGGCUCAACUGACAGUUGUCUGUGGCGCAACGCACUCCUGCUCUACCAACACAGACCUGUUUUUAAAUGUGCUCACUUUGCUAUCUAAAUCAAAGUUUUUUUGGAAUGUGUGUGUAUGGGGGAGAGAGAGACAGUUGAAAAUAUCAUCUUCCAGCUGUGCACGUUUGUAUUUAUCUUUUGUUUCCAGUUUUUGUAUAUUUGUGUUGUGCAAAUAGCGCUUCCCAGAUAGCAACCUUCUCCCUCUUUCACUCACUCACCUACUCACUUUCUCUCUCUCAAACACACUCUAUUACUCACUCACUCACACACACUCUCUCUCUGUCUCACACACACACACGCACACACACACACUGCAUUUGCACUAAGGAUAGUGCUUCUUAAAACAGGUGCUGAGACGAUUGCUUCUAGCGUUUUACCUCCCUUGAAUUGGCCCACAGCUGUCACUGGUCCUGGGUUUAUUUCCCCUUUGUAAGACUAGUCACUUGCGUCUGUCCACUCCACAGUCUGUUCUAGAAAUAAGGAUUCUUUUUUUUUUUUGACACCCACACAGUCUGCUCGAGCACCACCGCCACAUGGCGGUUCUUAUACUUUCUACAGUCUACUUGGAGUCUGUCUCUGUCUCUGACAUGUCUUGAUGUAAACACUUCCACCAAAAGCCUCUCUAGCGCUGCAGCCUAUCAAGAAAAGGCUUCGACAAACGUUUGCUAAUGAUCCAAGGUAGUGUCCAAUGAUCACCAAAUUCAUUGGACAUUUCUCAUGUCUGUGUUGUUUUGGUUAUAAGAGUCUGCUAAAUAUCAGUCAACUUUAAUCAAUCAGUCAACUUUCACAUGGCACCAUCUUCAAUCAAAUGAAAAGAAUGGAAAUAACAGGAGUGUUGUGAUUAGAACUGCGUUACUUUACCCUUUGUAGGUACUCUUGAGUCUUGGCGUGAGCUAAAGUCUGCACGGUUACAAAAAACUGGAGCAUAAAGACGUCCACAUAAGAGUCGCAGAUUCAAACUCUGAUGAAGCAAGUUAGACUCUCAGACUCUCGUGCGCUCACACAUGCAAACUGUAACACGGGCCUAAGAGCUUGGUGACGGUGCUGCUAGUUAGGUUUGGCCUGUGGGUGGUCUGGUUAGGUGUUUGACCUGGAAACUGUUCCCUUGAAUAAGUGCAAUUCCUUGCUUGUACAUGAAUUAGCACUAAGUCCUUGCUUGUUUCCAAGCAACUGCUCCCACAAAAACCUUUUGGACUGCUGUUGAAGAGACUGAACCAUCUCCGCAGGAACCUUUUGGAUCUACUGUUGAACAGACUGAACCAGCCCAUUGGAACCUUUUGGGCUGAACCAGCUCCACCGGGCCCUUUAGGACUGAAUUAGCUGCACCCGAGAAGGGAGGAUGGACAUCUCUCCUUCACACCUCACAGCCAAUCACAUGAGGUCCUCACUCCGCCCAGCCAAUCACUUAGGUUAUCCUUAGUCCCGCCCCACCCCGAGGCUGUCAGACACAAACUGGGGUUGCGAUGCCACAAAAAAAACAGACAUUUUAGCUGCAGUCAAACUUUUUUUUAGAACUUUAUUUAUUGAAAAUGUCACACAUUUUCUGGCGCUGUACAGUUGUGUUGUAUAAUUAUAGCUCCAAAAGAAACCUUUAUGGGACUUGUGAGGAAUUUAUUGUUUUAAUACUUUUUCUUUGUCAUUUUGUUUGUUUGUUUUGUACUGCUAAAUUACACUGAGAGAAAAGUAAAAUUGUCAAAAGCAGAAAACACAUAAAUGGUGUAUGUGUUACGUUUUUCAGUGUUUUGUGGCCUGGGUGAUUACAUAACUACUUUGUUUUUUUUUAUGAAAUCAAAGAUAAAAAAUCUGAUUAAAAGGUGAAUUAUAAAAGUGAAAAA